CGCCCCCGCCUCGCCCUCCACUUCAGUUCGCUGCACGCGCGCACCUCGCUCCGUAGUUGGUACUGGCCGGCGGCGUCACCCCGUCCCCGUCUCGUCUCCCCACGGUUCAAGCCUCCUCCCGCCCGGACAGGAGCAGCGAUGGCCAGUCGAGUCGGGAUGGUGGGCGACGUCCGGGACGCGCCGGCGGGGCGCGAGAACGACCUCGGGGCCAUCGAGCUCGCGCGCUUCGCCGUCGCCGAGCACAACACCAAGACCAACGCGAUGCUGGAGUUCGAGAGGCUGGUGAAGGUGAGGCAGCAGGUGGUGGCCGGGACCAUGCACCACUUCACCGUCGAGGUGAGGGAGGCCGGCGGCGCCAAGAAGAUGUACGAGGCCAAGGUCUGGGAGAAGCUCUGGGAGAACUUCAAGCAGCUCCAGAGCUUCGAGCCCGUCGGGGACGCCGCGGCCGCAUGAGGCAGAAGGUACCAUCUUCCAGUGUGAUAUGCUUUUCCCUGAAGGCGCAAGCUUGUCGCUGGGGGCUGGAGCACAGCAGUCGAAGAAUUUAGCUGCAUACACAUCACUGGAAAAGUAUUGUAUGAUGAAUAAACCAGCUCCUUACCAGAUGUAUUUCACAUAUUGACUCCUGUAAAAUGCAAUGCGCUGCGCUACAAGAAAUAUGAAAGCCUUGUACCUUUUCUUGCCA